GAAAACAGUUUACGGAAUACAACGCUUCUAACCAGAACACGAUCGGAAAAAGUUGCUAAUUCGAGAGAAAAUAAAAAUAUAUAAUCUAAAGUAGAUCCCCGUGAAAUUUCGCAAAUAAGAUCAACAAUGGCAAAGUUACUUUCCAUCCUUUUGUGCCUGGCCAUUAUUGGAUCUAUAACUGCAGGUCCUAUUGAGGAUAAUAAAGCUGCUGAAGAGGGUGAUCUUUCCACUGCCGAUACAAUUGGCUACGGUUAUUAUGCCGCUCCAUCUCCUGUUUAUUACGGUGGAUAUGGUGGAGGCUAUAAGUACGGCGGUUAUUCCGGAUAUGGUGCUUACGGCGGAUAUCGCAGUUACGGAGCCGGCUUCUACCGUCCUCGAAUUUACCCAGUUUGGGGUUAAAUAAGAUACUAUAACCAUUCCAAAGAUGAGUUCCUUAACACACACACACAAAUUCCUAUAUAACCAAAGAAAUUAUACAAGCCCCCUAAAAAUUUGAACCCUUUCACUGUCUUGCAACCAUGAUGAUGACGUCAUUGGAGUUUUUGACCCCAGACCACAAUUAACACCAGGUUUAUUGCAAUAAAAAAACAAAACACUUUA